CUAAAGUUACUCAUACGCCAUGGUGCCACAAUGUGAUCUCAAGUUGGCACACUCGAUAGCAAAUCAAUUACAACAAAGACUGUCGCCAAUUUGCUUUAUAAACUAUCUCAAUAUACUUUCAGCUACAAAGGCUAGCAGAGCUUCGUAUCAAUUUCUAACCUUAUAAAAUAAAAAAAACAAAGCUGAACGGAUUUUCGUUGCCAUUAGAAGAGAAUGAAAAGUUUUUGUGCUACCAUUGCACGAGCUCGCUGCACACAAAUACACAAAGUACCGUGGUGAGGAGAUAUGAGAGAGGGAGAGAGAGGAGCUAUUUGAGUGAUAAUGCUCAAAGGGCUCAUUGACUCCAAGUGCCACAUAAACAAAGCGACGCAAGCAUAGAGAAAUAACAAUAUAAACAUAUGUACACACAUACAUACAUGCUUUGUUAUUAUUGUGAAAUGAAAAGAAAAGUUCGUCAUUCAUAUCUACCACACAAUGCAAUCAAUGAAUAGUGCGCGUGCCGAGUAUGAAGGGUGAAAUGCAGGCAUACAGCGAGUAAACGUGAUUGGUAAGAGUAUUAUUGUGUGUGUGUAUUUGUAUAUAUGUAUGUAAGUACUGUGUUUGUGUUUGCGCGGGCGUAAUAAAAAGUUAGCAUGACUUAUAGCUAGCAUGUUCGAGUAACAGAGUUACAACAACAACAAUAUUGAUAGAGAACAACAACAACAAAAACAAAAAUUAUAACAACAAAAAUAAUAUAAACAACAACAACGACAACAAAAACAGCCAACAUUUUACAACAACAACAAUACUAAGAAUAAUAAAAAAUAUUUAACAAUGUAACAACAACAAAAAUAAUAAAAGCAAGAACAACAACAAGCUCGCGUUAGAGCACACCGAAAACUAACUUUGUAUUGAAGGUGUCUCUGGCGGAAAUGGAACAAGAAAAGAAAAACAAAACUCCAGUAUACAAUAAAAACAAUAAUAAACAAAACGAAAAGUGUGCAAAAACCGUUGCCUGCAACACGAAAACAGCCAAUGAACCGUUGCGCCGCAGCCUGCGAGGGAGUGCAAGUGUUUUGGCUUUGCCACGCUUUGCCGCUCUGCUCCCCCCUUCGCACCGGUAGUUAUGCCACCCAAAUACUUACACCGAAGCUAUUAACAAUAUCGUUGGCAACGUGCAUAAAUAUGUGCCACUAAAUGUGGCACAUGGGAUUUUUCGAGUACUCUUCGCUCCAACUUAUGCCCCAAUCGCUGUGCCGCGGAUGCGCUCUUGAAACAGUCAACGCGCGACCACCGACUCUACCGAACCAGCUGGCAUAAUAGCCGGGAUAUCGGUAUCAGCGAAAUAAUUGGCAUUUGUAUUGACUGCUUAUUGCCAAACUUGUUUCGGCUUAAACGAAAAAAUUUGCAAAAAAAAAAAUUAUUAUAAAAAAAAGAAAAUCUAAACAAUGCAAAUAAGCACUUGAGCAAUCACCGCGGCUGAUCAAUAAAUAGCAAUUUGUAUGGCAUUGUAUUUGCAUUAAUUAUUGGUGAAAAUAAUAAAAACCGUGCUAUAAAGCGUGGAUGGAGUGCUUCUUUUACCGUUGCUAUAGCGGGUGUGCCGUGUGUGUGUGCAUGUAAUGCAGCCAGUCUCGUUGUGAAUAUCAUGAACUAAGCUAAUAAUAACAACAAAAGACACGUCAAAUACUUGAAUUUGAUUGAAUCAAGCAUAAGCGCCUAAAAGCAGGCAAUUAGAGUGGAAAUUAAAACGAGCACGCGCCACGCCAGCCAGUUUGUCGACAGUUAGUGCGCGCUUUUAAGACUCGCUGUAAUGGCUUUGUCGCUCAGUACGCGUCAAGCGGUUUCGCAAAUGCCUUCCACCGCAUGGGCAAGGCAGUCACAGCAGCAGCAGCAACGUUCGCCGAGUCAACCGCGCGCGUCCAUGCAUUUGCGUCUGCAGAAGCAGCAUUCAUUCAGCGAAGCCAAUCGCACGCAGCCAAUGGGCGCCGGCGGUGGUGGUCAUUUGUUGGCUGCGCGUAGAGCUGGCAGUGGUUACCUGACACGUGGUCUCUCUGUGGAUCGUUCGCUGGAGAGUAUACGUCAGAAGUCAGCUGCGGCGCAUGAAACGCAAAGCAAACGCAUUAAUACGCGAAAAUCCGCUAAAAGUGCCGGAGUGGGAUUGAAAAGCUUCAAAAAUACAACAAUUGGCGAGGGGAAGUACGGCUAUGCGCGUGCAGGUUCCACGUCGUCGCUUUUAAAAUCGUUGGAUAAAGAGUUGAAAGAAGUUAACGGUCAGUUAGGACAACGUUACGGUCGCAAUAGCGCAUGUGUUCCGACAAAUAGUGAAGAUCCAACUGAGGCGGAAAGUCUCAGCGGCGAGUCAAAUACGCUGCUGCCACCAUCCGAGCAUCAAGGUAAAGCUGCAAAUUCCUCGCCAACACUCAAGCGGCAUAACAGUAAAGUGAAUUUGAAUAUUGUGCUUUCACAUGCCAUUAAUUACAAGUCGACAAACGGCAACGAGUCCAAUACCAGUGAUAUCGAAAGCGCUUCUGAAAUCACCGAACACAAACGAAAAACAGCAACAACGCGAACGCUACGCAGCGAUUUGCCUGCUCGUACUCUUGCGCCUACAGCUGUUGCCGCUAACGCCACAACAACAACUGCCAAUGAUACUGUCCAACAGCGGCGUGCACAAUAUCGUUCUAGUCGCAAUGUCACACUAAAUACAAGCGUUAACUUAGCAGCCAGUGUGCCCACCGCACAUAACGCCACUGUUGUUAUUAAUCAGCAGGAGGACUUAGUUGCCGCGCCUUUGACCUCCAAUACAAGUGGUGGCGCAUUCAACGCUGCACCAUCGCUAAUCGUACAGCGUCGUCCGCCUUUGGUGCGUGCUAUGUCCGCGCCGGUGCGCUCGCGUUCGCUCGAUGAGAAUGCCAAAGGUGUGUUUGCGUUUCAGAAACGUAAAUUGCGUCGUCGUAAGCCAAUCACGCGCAACGCCAGUGUUUGUGAUAAAACUGAUGAUGAUGUACUCUUCGAUUUGAAUGGUGUUAAUGGUAAAAAACAGUCAAUACCGCGUACACGUUCCACAUUGGCGGUCGAUGUGAUUACACUGGUUUCGCUUGUCAGCUCUGAGGGCAGUGAUUCGGAAAAGGAAGAUAGCCCACCGGAAACUGGGCAGCGCAAUGCAGAACGUUCGCGUAGCACUGGUGCACCUACAUUGCGGAAAACGGGUAAAUCAGUUUCCUUCCAAGAGAACUAUCCACCAAACUUUCAAUUAGCUACAAAGGAAUAUUCACAUAUGAUACGUCGUGGCUCGAUUGCACCAUUAGCUGCACGCUUACGCUCCAACCGACCACCAACAGCACCGCCAGUAUCAAUUUUCAUGAAUGAAACAAAUGGCAACAAUGCAAUGACAACAAAUGCCACUGCAAACUUGGAAAGCAGCGAUAGUAGGGACUCAAAUGCUAACAAUGUUGCGGAUAGCACGCAAACCACCGCGAAAGGCACAGCGGAGCUUGCAAGUAAGGACAAACAAAACGAGGAAUAUAUCUACCCGGAGUACGUGCGCACGUUGAAGGAGCGCGAGUGUUGGAAAUUAUAUCGUAAAAUGUCUGUUAAAGGUGUUAGUGUCACUUAUGAGACGGUGUUGCGUGGCAUGCUGACACCGACUGAAUUCCGACAAAUACAAAAACAACGGGAAAUUGAAGAAGCAAAAGCACGGGCUUUAGAGGAGGAGAAGGAUGCAGCACUUGAACAGCAGGCACCCACUUCAGCCGUAGAUCGUUUAACGCAGAAAUUGUUGAAAAAGUAGUUGAAAUUUUAGAAAAAAAUGCAUAUCUGAAUAUAACAAUUAAAAAGUAGUUUAUAUUGUAAUCAUAUAUAGUACAUAUGUAUAUGUAGUGAAAUGUUGCAAAGUGUAGGAUAAAGCUUUGUUAUAUUGAGCAUUUUUUAAUAAAAUUAACACGAGUGCGCUUACUUAGAACACUUAA